UUCGAGCCAUUUCUUCAGGCGGUCGUCGAACUUUACGAAAAAGAAGUCAAGUCAGCCGGGCUACGCAUAGUGGCCAAAAUUGGCAGAACGAAGAGACUCGACACCGGCAAAAUAGCGAGCCUCGAAUACGCGUUUGAAUUUCAAACACAGACCGCAGUGAAAUCAUUAGGGAUGGCGCCCCUUCCAAUGUGGCUCGAAUACGAUUUCGGCUCGAUUUCCGCCAUCUGGACAGCAUUCAACAAUCUCAGUUCCCACAGCAAUCAGCAAUUUGCUUUCACUUGUGCAACAGGAAACUGCACUUGGCCCCCUCACGCCUCGUUGGCAGUUUGCAGCGCAUGCAAUGACAUUUCUACCCAUUUGGUGAAGUCCACAGGUCAUGCUGAAAAUAGUGAGGAUACGACAUUUCCUCCAGGGUACAUGAGCGGUCCUGAUGGCGACAAUGCUUAUACCAAAUUCGAACUCCCGACGAUGAAUAUGAUCAUUUCUAAUCUUGACAAUAGAGGAUCACAAGUCGAGUUCACGUGCCAGUCUACAACACAACCCGGGAGUACGCUCUCAUUCCAAAACUCAAGAGCUUUGAUUGUCUCAUUCGCCAUGAUGAGAGUAAAUACCAACACUCCGAGAAGCAGUGGCGCCACUGCUCUUGAAUGCGCCUUGUCCUUCUGCACAAACAUUUGUCGUUCGACUGUCAACGAAGGUGUUCUAAACGAAGAGGUUCUCGGCUCAUAUUCGAUUCGGAAUCUCGACUCCUACUCAGCAUUUCCAGGAUUGAAUAGUUUGAAUCAAUCCAAAGCUUUGGAUAAGGUUUCGAAUUACACACUCGACUUUCAUGACCUCGGGGACUUCCGGCGAACAGAUCUGCAGCUUCAGAUACCCGUCAACGACAACGUCACUGCACUGAUAAGCAACAACGACCUGUCGUUCAACAUAUCCGACGCCGCCAUCACCACUCUGGCGGCUAUUUCAAUGGACAAGUUUGCCAGGCGUCCCCCCCCCCUUUAGAAUCGAAGCAACUAGUCUAUCCGACUUUUGCUACAAUAUCUACCCUCGAGCAGCCUUCUGUGAUCG